AUUUGAAAACAUAAGACAUCUUUAGAAUUCUGUUAUUACACUUUCGAUUAUCACCGAUAAUACCAAUGACUUUUGGUGUAAUUCAAUUUAUGCCGUUUACGUUGUCUGAAAUUGAAAUUUUUACACAAUAAUGCAGUGGUUACAUUUUACAUUUGUAAAGUGCACUCAAUUAAAAAAGUGCGUCGCAGACAAAAUCAAUAACCACAGCAUCCAUUUGCUCAAGCCCUGUAAAACUGGGAAGUGAUGGCUGGAAAGAAGCUAGGGCACAAAAUUAGGUGUUGUGAUUACAAAAUUUUUGCACGAAGUAAAUUUAUGUUUAUGAACACUGAAAACUACUUCCCAAUGUAAAGUGGGUGGUGGAAGCAUAAACAAGAAUAUUUUACACAAAAAUUCAGUGAACACACCAAGAAAUGCCAACUGCUCACAUCGAUGUGACGGAUGAUAAUGAAACUUCUGAUGUAUUGACAGAAUCUGUAGAGCAACUGCGAGCGCGGUUGGAUGCUAUGAAGAAACUAAUUGACAACCCAGAUAAGACAGCAAAUAGAAGAAAUCAAGCAGGAAACACAAUUAUAGAUGGGAGUUUCCUCAACAUUGUUUUCACAGUUGUUCUUCUCAUGAUCAUUGGUGUUAGCUUUUAUGCUUUCUUAAAUCUUUAUUAUGCCAUCAUAAAGAAAUUCCACCCUAAAGAACAUACUGAGUUGUAGAUAGAGAUAAUGAUAUAUAUCUAUGUGAGAUUUGUAUGAAACAUGUAAAUGUCAAGAAUAACAUACAGUCUAAUUCAAAUUUAACAGGCAGCUGCCUGAAGAAUGUCUUUAAAUUAAAUAAUGUUGCUUCCUGCUUGUAAACACAAAUUCAUUAUCACAAUGAAGAUCUGUACUAAUUAAAAGUUUCAUUUAUUCUGUU